CACGCACCAUGCCCCCGCCGCUGCGCCUCACGCUCAUCGCCGCCGUGACGCCGAGCAACGGCCUCGGCCUCGCCGGCGGCCUGCCCUGGUCGCUGCCGCGCGAGAUGGCGCACUUCCGCCGCGCCAGCAGCCACGUGCCUGAGGCCGAGAGCGAGGCGAGCGGCAGCACCGACGCCGAGCAGCCGCGCCUCAACGCCGUCAUCAUGGGCCGCAACACUUGGGAGUCGAUCCCGCCGCGCUUCCGCCCGCUCAAGGGCCGCAUCAACGUCGUCGUCUCACGCACGCUGACGGAGCAGAGUGCGCGCGAGCUCGGCAUCGACGCCUCCUCACACGCCUACCACUCUCCCUCGCUCGCGCACGCACUCGACUUCCUCUCCUCGCACGCCUCACUCGCGCGCGUCUUCCUCAUCGGCGGCGCGCAGCUGUACGCGCAGGCGCUCGAGGCCGUGCCCGCGCCCCACGCGCUCGAUCGGCUGCUCAUCACGCGCCUGCACACGCCGGCCGAGUGCGACGUGUUCCUGUCCGAGUACCGCACGGCGCAGCAGCAGGAGCACUGGCGGAAAGAGGAGCAUGCGGAGAUGGAGCGAUGGCUCGGCGGCGAGGUGGGCAGGGGCGAGCAAGAGGAGAAGGCGACGCGCUACGAGUUCCAGAUGUGGACGCGCCGGUGA